GCCUAGACAAUCCGGGGAUGUCGUACAAACAGAGAAGAGAUAUAUUAACGUUUUUAUUAGUUGUAACCGUUUAUUUGGACAUGUUUCGAGUAAGUCAUUCGGUAAGUUUAGGACAGCGUGGGGAAGGUUCAACUGCGUACAAAGUUCAAAAGUCAACCGCGACCAGGUGGGAAGAGAUUGAACAAGACAACGACGCCCAGCAGGGAGGCCGGUACCGGAGUGAACGGAUCAAUCAGGGCCCGAGUCAGCGCAAAUCCUCCCAGCCGGGUCGCACGGAGCUUCGGCCUGAAUCUGCCGUGUUCCCCGCAGAGCCAAUCUCGUAUUACAACGUACCGACACUUAGUGACAGCUGGUCUUGGACUGUUGGUAAUAUCAGAACGGAACCGAUGUCCUCGCCUUCCGACUCUGGAGAUAGAUAUCAAGCAGAUUUUACAGGUUUUCAUGGAGUCCAGGGGAAAGUUUUGGGCCCUUCACCUGACUCCAGUUCCCAUGUCUCUGAGUGGCUGGCUAUGAGCCCUGAGGUGCAGUGUGAAGAUAGUGUCAUGACCUUCACUGCCUCUGGGAAAGAAUUGAGACACCUGUUGGUGGACCGAGAGGAAGCCUCUCCCAUCUCCCCGUUCCAGUUACCUCCGUACUGCCGUUACUCAGUGAGGACGUCAUGGAGUGACCUUGAGAUGAUGGUGCCUUAUGAUGCAUGUUACAUUAUACAGGAGAAUGGCAGUUACGUGUUGCCCAUGUUGUGGUGGGGCAGCCCACUGAAGCUUUCUUGUCCGGUGCAGACGUCCACUCCUGCCCCCCCCGUCUCCAACUCUGCCCUCUCAGUCGUGUGCUCCUCCUACGGCAUGGCGGUGCAGAUAAAUGAGCAGGAUAUACAGAUACUGGGGGUCAUAGAGACUGGCCGUUUGGGUCCGUUCGUGUCAGCAGACUGCUCGGCCCGUUUCCCCUCCCAUCCUGGAAAGCUUACCUUCUUUAUCCCCGACGGUGCUCCUUGUAUCACUAGUGGAAAUGAUCGUCAUCUCUAUCUCGUGGUAAAUGAUCAGAAAUACAUCCUCUCCUGUCCAGUCAAUCCUCAGUUCCCCCCUCCGCCUCCAACCCAGGAACCGAUUGCUCAGAUUCCUAACAUCCCCCGCUACCCCUAUCCUGGAUUCCAGUACCCUCCGCUGUCCCAGGUCUUUCCUCCUGACCCACAACCUGACAUACUUGCAAUGGCACAAGCUACAUCCUCGCCAACCAUUAACCCGGUGCAGGAAAGCUCUUCCCAACCAUUUUCCAAAUUACCUGUUGGCUCUUCUGAAUAUGCACCUGGUUGGUAUUACCCCUAUGUGCCGUUCUACUACCCUGCAGCAACACCAGCUCCAACCUCUGCAGCUAAAACAUCUACUACUGUUCCUCCAGCAAGUCCCAAUUACCUUCAGUAUUAUCUUCAGAUGCCUUAUUAUCCUGCAGCACCAGUGACCCAAGCACCUGCUUCUUUCACUCCCAGCCCGCCACCGCCUCUUCCCUCUCCACCAAAACAACCUGUUGGUCCACAGUACCCAGUCCAUGGUGCAUUUCAUCCCCCUGCCUCUUCCAGCUCUUACUAUCAUUAUAGACAUUUUUCCUAUCCGGGCCUUGAAGUGCAGCCUGCUUCCGCUUCACAUCCUACUUUCGCACCACCUUCCCCUCUUCCAACCACUACCACACAAACCGACAGUCCCAGCUAUCCAUUUGGCCAGUUUCCCGCCCAAACACCCAAUUGCUACUACCCUCAUCCCUAUUACCAUCCUCUCUCCCCGCCAAUCUGCCAUCCACCUUACCAGCCUUUGCCCCAGUAUCCAGAGAAUCAACCACCAACCAUCACCGCUACAAUGCCUGCCAGCACAAGUUCUACACCUUCUACCACAGCUGGACCCACUCAGCAUAUCCCCCAACUACAGUGUCUGAUUGGGAGAAUGGUUGUCUUCCUGCCUUUUGCUCACCCAGACACCAUCCAGGUCAGAGACCAAAUGAAGACAUGGCUAUUCGUCGCCAGUGUGUCUCCACAGUGUGGGUUCAUGCUGCAGACGGCUGAGGGCUAUGGGGUAAUCCUUCACUCUCCUCUGCCCGCCUGCCACAGCCAGUUACUGACUCCCACGACCGUUUCCUUACUUCUGAGGUUUUGGGACCUUUCCGUGGCGCAGUAUAGAAGUCUGGACCUGCGGUGCCCGUAUCAAACUACUCCUGUACCAGUUACCCCACCAGUGUCUCCCACCUCACCCAGCACCACCAAGGACAAGGUCGGCCCUUAUGUUGUUCCAAAGCAUAAAGUCUUCUGCUCCUCCCAUCAGAUGACCCUGGAGUUCCCCUCUGGUCCUUUCUCUGGAAUUGUUUUUAAAGACAUCGAAGGGAACCAGAUGAGCCUCCAGGAUGCCCCAAAGCACUGUGGGUAUUCUGCAAGAAGAGGCAAAGAUGGCAAAAUACAUCUGAUUAUCCAGUUACACUCGCGCUGCCACAUGAGCAUGCAGGGUAAAAUGUUCAUCAUCACUGUCGUCUACAUGACAGUAAAUGGGAGACAGGAGGCUCAGUUUUCCUGUCCAGUUGUCAUCCCAGGGUCUGGACAAGAGUGCAACAUUCCCAGUGAACAGCGUCUCCCCUGCGGACCCGGCUCUGUGUCCCCUCCACAGUGCCUCUCCAUGGGCUGCUGCUUCGGCAACCACCCCCCUGCAUGCUACUACCCCAUGGACGAGUGUACUAUUGACCGCCACUUUGUCUUCUCCGUGCCGGCCUCCCUCACGAAGCCCUCUCUUUCCCCUGCCCUGCUGGUCGUUGCCGGCAACUCCACCUGCAAACCGCAGAGGGUGACUUCCGACUACGCCUUGUUCAAGAUCCCGAUGGACGGCUGUGGGACACGCAGAGUGACAGUGGGGAACGCAGUGAUCUACAUGGUGGAGGUCAUCAACAUGGUUCAGACACUCAGCCUCAACUACGGCACCAUCACAAGGGAUUCUUCUGUCAGGUUGUUGGUGGAGUGCAGGUUUCUGCCAGGCACUGCUCUUAGUGUGAGCUACUUGGUGAAAACUCCCACCCUGGGACCUGAAGUUCCGGCCCAGGGGGUGUUUGGGGUCCAGCUCCGGAUCGCCAAAGAUGCCCAGUACAGCAGCUACUACCCCCAGAAUCACCCGCCCCUGCAGAUGCUGCUGGGGAAACCCCUCUACCUGGAAGUGCGGCUGCUCAAUUCCCCGGAUCCCAGCUUGGUGCUGCUGGUACACUUCUGUGUGGCCUACCCCCUCUCUGGAAAGGCUGUGUGGCUGCUGCUGUACAACGGAUGUCCCAACCCCUAUGACCCAGCCCUGCAGCAAAGUGUGGUGUCUGAUCCUCAGCCACCCACUCCUCAGGCUCAGACCCGCCGCUUCACCAUCAGCACCUUCCAGUUCCUUCCUGAUGGCGAGUUCAGGGACCUGAGCGAGGAGAACAACUUCAUGUGCUCAACCGAAAUCUGCUCGCCGCAUGACGGGCCUUGUGUCGAGGGAUGCUUCGGCUUGUGACGUUUACGACACGGAAGACGAUAGAAGAUGGCUGUGAUGGUCUGGCCUUCAGACAUCACUUGUUCAACCACCAAUAAAAGCUCUUAAAGGACA